GGCCAUCGUCCUAGCAUGUCUGUCCCCUGGCCGUCUACCCCCAGCCGGACCGGGGGAACAGUGGCCUGCCUGGCAGAGGCCCUCCUCUGGGUCGGAGCGAGCGUGGCCGUGUCCCCGCCGUGGCAGCUCGGCCCGCUAGUGGAGAGAUGCAUGAGCGCCAUGCAGGCGGGGACACAGAUGGUGAAGCUCCGCGGCAGCUCCAAGGGCCUGGUCCGCUUCUACUUCCUGGACGAGCAUCGCUCCUGCAUCCGCUGGCGCCCCUCGCGCAAGAACGAGAAGGCCAAGAUCUCCAUCGACUCCAUCCAGGAGGUGAGUGAAGGGCGGCAGUCCGAGAUCUUCCAGCGCUACCCAGACGGCAGCUUCGACCCCAACUGCUGCUUCAGCAUCUAUCACGGCAGCCACCGUGAGUCGCUGGACCUGGUCUCGCCCAGCGGGGACGAGGCGCGCACCUGGGUCACGGGCCUGCGCUACCUCAUGGCCGGCAUCAGCGACGAGGACAGCCUGGCCCGGCGCCAGCGCACUAGGGACCAGUGGCUGAAGCAGACAUUCGACGAGGCGGACAAGAACGGGGACGGCAGCCUGAGCAUCGGCGAGGUUCUGCAGCUGCUGCACAAGCUGAACGUGAACUUGCCCCGGCAGAGGGUGAAGCAGAUGUUCCAGGAGGCAGACACAGAUGACCACCAGGGUACGCUGAGCUUUGAGGAGUUCUGUGCCUUCUACAAGAUGAUGUCCACCCGCCGGGACCUCUAUCUGCUCAUGCUGACCUACAGCGACCACAAGGACUACCUGGACGCCGCUGACCUCCAGCGCUUCCUGGAGGUGGAGCAAAAGAUGACGGGGGUGACCCUUGAGAGCUGCCGGGACAUCAUCGAGCAGUUUGAGCCCUGCCCAGAAAACAAGAGCAAGGCGGUGCUGGGCAUUGACGGCUUCACCAACUACACUCGGAGCCCCGCCGGCGACAUCUUCAACCCAGAGCACCACGGUGUGCACCAGGACAUGACGCGGCCACUGAGCCACUAUUUCAUCACCUCGUCCCACAACACCUACCUCGUGGGUGACCAGCUCAUGUCCCAGUCCCGGGUGGACAUGUACGCCUGGGUCCUGCAGGCCGGCUGCCGUUGUGUGGAGGUGGACUGCUGGGACGGGCCCGACGGGGAGCCCAUUGUGCACCAUGGCUACACUCUGACCUCCAAGAUUCUCUUCAAAGAUGUCAUCGAGACCAUCAACAAAUAUGCUUUCGUCAAGAAUGAGUACCCAGUGAUCCUGUCCAUUGAGAACCACUGCAGUGUUAUCCAACAAAAGAAGAUGGCUCAGUAUCUGACGGAUAUUCUUGGGGAUAAGCUGGACUUGUCAUCAGUGAGCGGUGAGGAUGCCACCAUGCUUCCUUCUCCGCAGAUGCUCAAGGGCAAGAUCCUGGUGAAGGGCAAGAAGCUCCCUGCCAACAUCAGUGAGGAUGCUGAGGAGGGCGAGGUGUCUGAUGAAGACAGUGCAGACGAGAUCGAUGAGGAUUGCAAACUCCUCAAUGGGGAUGCCACCACCAACCGGAAGCGUGUGGAAAAUAUCGCCAAGAGGAAACUGGAUUCCCUCAUGAAGGAGUCGAAGAUUCGGGACUGUGAGGACGCGAACGACUUCACCGUGUCCACGCUGCCCCCGUCCGGGAAGCUUGGGCACAAGGCAGAGGGCAAAAAGGCUGAGGAUGGCGUGGAGUCCGGGGAGGACACCGGUGGCAGCAGACGGAACAACCGGACCCUCAUGAGCAGCUUCUCCAAGCGCAAGAAAAAGAGCAGCAAACUAAAGAAAGCGGCCAGCAUGGAGGAGGGGGGCGAGGACCUGGAGUCCCAAGGCAGCCAGGGCCGAGGGGCGAGCCGGCAGAAGAAGACCGUGAAGCUGUCUCGCGCCCUCUCGGACCUGGUCAAGUACACCAAGUCUGUGGGCAUCCACGACGUGGAGGCGGAAGUGGCGUCCAGCUGGCAGGUGUCAUCCUUCAGCGAGACCAGGGCCCAGCAGAUCCUGCAGCAGAAGCCGGCCCAGUACCUGCGCUUUAACCAGCACCAGCUGUCCCGCAUCUACCCCUCCUCGUACCGCGUGGACUCCAGCAACUACAACCCUCAGCCCUUCUGGAACGCCGGCUGCCAGAUGGUUGCCCUGAACUACCAGUCGGAGGGCCGGAUGCUGCAGCUGAACCGGGCCAAGUUCAGCCUCAAUGGCAACUGUGGCUACGUGCUCAAGCCCCAGUGCAUGUGCCAAGGCAUCUUCAACCCCAACUCCGAGGACCCUCUGCCCGGGCAGCUCAAGAAGCAGCUGGUGCUUCGCAUCAUCAGCGGGCAGCAGCUCCCCAAGCCGAGGGACUCGAUGCUGGGGGACCGGGGCGAGAUCAUCGACCCCUUCGUGGAGGUGGAGGUCAUCGGGCUCCCCGUGGACUGCAACAAGGAGCAGACGCGUGUGGUGGACGACAACGGAUUCAACCCCAUGUGGGAGGAGACCCUGGUGUUCACGGUGCACAUGCCUGAGAUCGCGCUGGUGCGCUUCCUCGUCUGGGACCAUGACCCCAUCGGGCGUGACUUCAUUGGCCAGAGGACACUGGCCUUCAGCAGCAUGAUGCCAGGUUACCGGCACGUGCACCUGGAGGGGAUGGAAGAGGCCUCUAUCUUUGUCCAUGUGGCCAUCAGUGACGUCAGCGGUAAGGUCAAGCAGGCUCUGGGCCUAAAAGGCCUGUUCCUCAGAGGCCCAAAGCCCGGCUCCCUGGACAGCCAUGCUGCUGGUCGGCCCCCGCCUCGGCCUUCCGUUAGCCAGCGGCUCCUGCGGCGCACGGCCAGCGCCCCGACCAAGAGCCAGAAGCCGAGUCGCGAGGCCUUCCCGGAGCUGGUCCUGGGCACGCAGGACCCCGGCUCCGAGGGGGAGGCCCGUGACGUGGCGGCCCCCGGCCCCGGCCCCGCUCUGGAGGCCUCGGCCCCGGAGGAGCAGGGCGACCGCAGCCCCCGAGACACCCGCCCUUUCUCCGCGCAGAGGCCGGGCUCCUCCCUCCGUGGCCUGGAAACCAUUGCCGAGGAGCCAGCCCCGGGCCCCGGCCCCCCACCUCUGGUGGCUGCCCCCCCCAGCCCCUCCCCGGGAGGGCUGCCGUGCCCGUCGGGACCUGCCGCCGAAGUGGCCAGCCCCCCUAGCAGAGGGGUCACGGAGCAAGCCCCAGAAAGCCAUCGGCGGGUGUACAACGGUGGGGGCCCAGGGGGAGCCUGCGAGGGGGCCCCCGGCAGCCAGACGGUCAGAAGGGCUGACGGCGACGGGAAGGUGCCCCCGGAGAUCCCGGGCGGAUGGCGGCCCCCGGCCGGACCCUGCCCCACCGUGUACUCGGACGCCACGGCUGGAGACCGGCUAUGGCGGCGGCUGGAACCGGGUGGCCACCGAGACAGCGUGUCUUCAUCCUCCAGCGUGUCCUCCAGCGACACGGUCAUCGACCUCUCCCUGCCGGGCCUGGGCCUGGGCCGUGAGAGCGUCUCCGGGGCUCCAGCAGGACGCCUGCCCCUGCGACCCUGCUCGGCCACGGCCGCCCGCCUGGACCUGCCUGCUGUGACCAAGAGCAAAUCCAGCCCUAACCUGCGGGCUGCCAGCCAGCUGCCCACGGCGCCGGAAGAGCUUCAGCCCCGUCCACUGGCCCCUAGGCCACCCUGGGGCCGCCUCCCCCUGGUAGGCCUCCGGGACUGCCCUGCAGCCGCCAAGUCCAAGAGCCUGGGGGACCUGACUGCUGACGACUUUGCCCCUCAAGUGGAGAUCCUGGGCCGAAGCCUGGGCCUGACGAGGGAGGGGCGGGCGGUGCGGGGGGUGCGACGGGACGCCCUGACCGAGCAGCUGCGCUGGCUCACGGGCUUCCAGCAGGCCGGUGACAUCACCUCGCCCACCAGCCUGAGUGGCGCUGGGGAAGGGGUGCCCGGUCCUCCCGGCUUCCUGCGGCGCUCGUCCUCCCGCAGCCAGAGCCGCGUGCGCGCCAUCGCCAGCCGGGCCCGGCAGGCCCACGAACGGCAGCAGCGGCUGCAGGGCCCGAGGGGACCCCCAGGGGAGGAGCGGGGCACCCCGGAGGGUGCCUGCUCCGGGGGCCAAGGGGGCUGCGGGGACGUGCCGGCCCCCUGCAGGGGCUCUGCAGCCACUGGCCUCCUGCUCAGACUCUGACGGAGGCUCAGGGCGGAUCGCAGCUGCCCUCGCCUUGGCCCUCCGUCUGUCACCCCCCCCUC